CGAUCCGACUCGUCCGGUUGGAGAAUCGGUUGCCGGCCGCGCGCGGUCCCGUUCAUUCAAACCAAAAAGGUCGGUCACGUUACUGUAUAGACCGACGCCGAUGCUGCAAGAACGAAGCAUGUCCGGAGGGCCGCGUCCGUAAAUGCUGGGGACUCGCUAGAUUCUAGCGCCGUUCGGGCAUUUCCACGCGCCGUGAAAUCUCCACUGGCGCGACCUGACGAGGUCCUAACUCCUAACUGGGCUCCGCUAGCUUGGAGCCGCUGUCCGAACGCCGCCGCUUCGCUGGGAAACCUUCGUGGGGUUCGCGGCUCCUUGGCGCGCACUCGUUUUUGGCGGAUUUUCGCUUCCUGAUUUCGGUCCCGCGGCGAAUUGAACCGAUCUGCGGGAGCGAAUCUGGCGUGCUUGAUUGUUUGCUUUAGUGGGAACAAAACUUAACUACAGAACUAGUUGGCCUGUCACAUGAGUAGUAGUUGAACUCCCUGGUUGCAAUGGAUAUGGUGCAAAAAUGAUUACUAUACUGUCAGCCAAAAGUAGCAAGAAACUUGUGAAAGUCAUGCUAGCAUUGGCUUUUGGGCCAAGCAGGCGGUGCAUUCAAGCAAUCCAUCAUCGAGCACACACUAUAUCUUCAUUGUUCACUCAGAGUCCAUUUAGUUAUUUUCGCUUCCUUUGCACUGAAGCUACCGAGAAGUUUCCCCAAGGAAGCCUGCCUGUAAAAGCAGAAGCAGAAUGCCUUUCCUAUAGAAUUGAAAAGCUGCCUAGAGGACAGCCAGUUGGGUGUGCAUUCCAGAGUUGGAGGGACGGUUUCCCCAUUCAUAGAGGGGAAAUAUAUCAUGCUAUCAAUCGCUUGAGGAAGCUGAAGAUGUACAAGCGCGCUCUUGAGAUGAUGGAAUGGGUUAUUCGCGAGAGGCCAUAUAGGCCAAAGGAACUGGAGUACUCCUAUCUGUUGGAAUUCACAGCAAGAUUUCAUGGGAUGUCAAGAGGUGAGGGUCUUUUCUCUCGAAUUCCAAUGGAGUUUCAGAAUGAGCUGGUUUACAACAAUUUUGUAAUUAUCUGCUUAGAGAAAGGUGUUGUAAGGCUUCCAUUAACAUACAUGAAGAAAAUGAGGGAGCUAGGUUAUGCUAUCUCACACUUGGUUUUCAACCGCCUCAUUAUCCUCCAUUCCUCCCCCAGCCGCAGGAAAAUGAUCCCAAAGAUCCUAACUCAAAUGAAGGCUGAUAAGGUGGGCCCACAUGUGUCAACAUAUAACAUUCUCAUGAAAAUAGAGGCUAAUGAACAUAACAUCGAAGGUCUGGCGAAGGUAUACAGUGAGAUGCAUCGAAAGAAAGUUGAGCCGAAUGAGGUGUCUUACUGCAUACUCGCUAUUGCACAUGCUGUGGCGAGGUUAUACACAGCUGCUGAGGCCUAUGUUGAGUCUAUAGAGAAGUCUGCUACAGGAAGUAACUGGUCUACACUGGAUCUCCUUCUUAUAUUGUAUGGAUAUCUCGGGAAGGCUAAGGAGCUGGAAAGAACUUGGUGUGUUGUGAAAGAUCUUCCCCAUAUUAGGUCAAAAAGUUAUAUGUUGGCUAUUGAAGCAUUUGGUAGGAUUGGACUACUUUCUCGAGCUGAGGAGCUUUGGUCAGAGAUGAAGUCGGCGAAAGAGUUGAAAUCAACAGAGCAAUACAACUCUCUCAUAUCCGUGUAUUGCAAGCAUGGGUCCAUUAAUAAAGCUUCUGCUCUAUUCAAAGAGAUGGUCGUGAGCAGGUGCAGACCAAAUGCCAUUACUUACCGUCAUCUUGCAUUAGGUUGUAUGAAGGCGAAUCUAGUAAACGAAGCCCUGAGGACUCUGGACAUGGGUUCACGGUCAACAACAAGUGCAAAGGUCAGGAAAUCCACGCCAUGGUUGGAGACUACACUGUCUAUAGUUGAGAUAUUCGCAGAGAAGGGUGAUGUUGUCAAUGCUGAGAAGUAUUUCGGGGAGCUUGCUCAAGUGAAGUACUCCCACUAUACUUUCGUGUACAACACGUUGAUAAAGGCUUAUCUGAAGGCCAAGGUUUGUGAUCCCAACCUCCUGAGAAGAAUGAUCCUCGGAGGUGCAAGGCCGGAUGCUGAGACGUAUAGCUUGAUUAAGCUUGCGGAGCAGGUCCAGAGAUGAUUCCGUUUGUUCUAAUUAACCGCUGUUUAGUUGAUGCUACCAUGUAUUUUCUGUGAAAAUGAGGAAGCCCCCCUUUCAAAAAGAAAGUAAUUGAUGCACGGGACGGAAGUUUCUCAAAUUAAAAAAUAUGCUGGUCAUGUCUUGGUGCUGUUCUGUUCUCACAAGUGGACCAAAAUAUACCUAAAUUUCCCAAUUAUCCUUUUGAAGCAUUUUACAACUUGCUUUGUUUCAAAUAUCAAACCAAAGCCCUUUUCAUUAAUGGGUAUUAAUUAUAUUUUUAUAUUAGCUUAAA